AUGAAAAUGAACUUUUUGCAUGAUGGUGGCUUAACCUUAGCCGUUCCCUCUGGUCAAGAGUGGAGGUGGGGUUGUAAGGGUUCAUCCUCCGGUAAUGGCAACCCUAAGGUUUUCUUUGAUAUAGCCGUGGGUGACAGACCGGUUGGUCGGAUCGUGAUGGAGCUCUUCGCCGACACGACCCCAAAGAUGGCAGAGAACUUCCGAGCAGUGGCGGAGCCAGCAAUUAUUUUCAUGGGGAAUUAUAAAUUUUGUGGGGGUCAACUGACCACCCUACCCACCACGUACCUCCGCCACUGCUUCCGAGCCCUUUGUACCGGCGAUAAAGGCAUGGGGAAGCUUGGUAGGCCACUCCAUUACAAGGGAUCAAUCAUCCACCAUAUAUCCCCUGGUUAUAUUUUCCAUGGAGGAGAUAUAACUUAUGGAAACGGAGAAGGAGGCGAAUCGAUCUACGAUGAUGUAUUCUUCGAGAAGGAGAACUUCAUCAGGCAGUGCACCGGUCCAGGUUUCCUCACCAUGUCCAACAAAUCUGUAGACAAAUCCAACGGAUCUCAGUUCGAAAUUUGCAUGAAAAAGGACGAGCAUCUCGGCUACGAGAACGUCGUGUUCGGCCAACUUAUUCAAGGAUUGGAUGUCAUCACGACUAUUAUGGGAAUGGAAGAGGCCAAAACUAGGCCUCGCAAGCCGCCUAAUGUGCCUGUCGUGAUCACCGACUGUGGUCAGAUUUCAUAG